AUGGCCGUUUCUGCGCGCAGCAGCAGCAGCGCGGCCGCCGCGGAGUCCGCUGCAGCGCAGCAGCAAGUGGCUGCUGCGGGCGCCGCCUCGGAAAGCGCCGCGGAAACGCCCCCCGACGCCGUUCUUUUUCCCCGCAACAAAGACUUUUUGCAAUUUGCUGCUGCGAAAGCCUCGAGAUCGCCUCGGAGGCGCCGCGGGGCGCUCGCGCUGCUCGCCGUUCAACUUGCUGCUCUCGCUGCAGUCGCGCUGGUCCUCGCCUGCGCCGCCCGCCUCCGCAGCAGCGGCCAGCGCCUCUCCGGGGGCCCCCGCAGGCUUUCCGAGCUUUCCGACGACGAGGGGGGCCCCCAGGGGGGCCCCCAGGGGGGCCCCCCUUGCGAGCCGGGGCCCAGCCACGUCGGGGUUCCCCGCUUCCCCGGGGCCCCUGAAGAGGGCCCCCAGGCCUCCAACUUGGGCUUUCCAGCGGGGCCUGUUUACGGGUCAGUUCCCUUUUUGUAUUAUGUUUCCGAAAUGGGCGCCGGAACCCAAGAAGAGCCACUGGACCUCAGCAUGACGCAGCAGCAGCAGCAGCAGCAGCAGCAGCAGCAGCAGCAGCAGCAGCAGCAGCUGCUGCUCCAAGCCCUCUCCCAGGGCUCCGAAGACCCCCGCACGCGCGUCUUCUUGGUCCCCGAAAGCUUCCCCGUUGUGCUGCGAGGUCGCAGCAGCAGCAGCAGCAGCAGCAGCAGCUGGGGGGCCCCUCCAGCCACUCUGAGAGGCCCCUCUUGGUCAGGCCAGUACCCGUGCGCCCUCCUGCUGCGGACCCGGGGCCCCUUGACCUCAGCCGCAGCUCUUGGGGGCCCUCCAGGGGCCCCACGGGGGGCCCCACGCCGGGCCCUUCUUGGGCCUCUUCCUCCAGGGGCCCCCUCUCUUGGGGCCCCUCGGAGGGCCCCUCCUGGCCUCCUCCGGGGAUAG